AUGUCCCGACCAUCCUCGACGAAGGCCCGGAGACAUGUAGCGGGUAUCGCUCUUUUACUGGUGGUGGUGGUCAUGUGGGUGACAUCCUCAUUCAUCAUAUCAGCACUCUUCGGAUCAUCACAAGAUCCAUCAAAGACAUACUUCAAGCCAUUUCUGAUAACCUAUAUCAACACCGGGACUUUUGCUUUCUUCCUCAUCCCCUUCGCGUUCCGUCGAUGGCGGGAACGACGGGCUGCGAAGAAAGCAGGAGCAGCACAGCCAGGCGUUGUAUUCUGGGCGCAGACACCGAGUCCAGCGCGGAGUAUACAUACUGGUGAUUUAGAGGCAUGGGAUGCGGAACAAGAAGAGCGGAGGAGGAGGAAGACGCAGCGUGCUUUGGAAGGAGCCGCAGCGGAUCUUGACGUCCAGUCUCGUACACCACUCCUCAGCCGGACGUCCUCCCCCGAACCCGGACCCCUCCAUCGCUCCAACUCCUACCAAUCAUCCCUCACCUCAAAAGCCCCCACCACUUCCGACAAACUCACAAUAAAAGAAACGAUCCGGUUAGCGUUCACUUUCUCCCUCCUCUGGUUCUUCGCAAACUAUUUCGGGAACGCGUCGCUCGCCUACACAACCGUCUCCUCCUUCACCAUCAUCUCCUCCAUGUCCGGAUUUUUCACCCUCGCGUUCGGAGCGCUGCUCGGUGUCGAAACCUUCACCUGGCUCAAAUUCACCGCACUCUGCGCCUCGAUCUUCGGUGUCAUCCUCGUCGCAGUAUCGGACUCCUCAUCCUCCUCCGUCUCCAACCCCGUACCCUCUAAAGGUGGAAUCGUCAUCUGGGGCGAUUGCUUGGCGCUCGCGGGAGCGGGGUUGUAUGGUUGCUACACCGUCCUCCUCAAACUCCGCAUCAACUCCGAAUCCCGAAUCUCCAUGUCCCUCUUCUUCGGCUUCGUCGGACUCUUCUCCCUAUCCCUCCUCGGCCCCCUCCUCCCCCUCCUCUCCUACCUCUCCAUCGAGACAUUCUCCCUUCCGCCCUCUCGUACCAUCGCAGCGGUCGUGGCAGUUAAUGCUGGGAUCGCGUUCGUGUCGGAUUAUUUGUGGGCAUGGAGUACGCUGUUGACGACGCCGUUGACUGCGACGGUUGGGAUUAGUUUGACGAUUCCGUUGGCGUUGGGGGGGGAGGUGUGGAGGGGAAGGGAGGUGGGUGGGGGGUAUUGGGUUGGGGCGGGGUUGGUGUUUGGCGGGUUUGUGUUGAUGAAUUGGGAGACUACGAGGGAGGAUGGGGAGGUGGAGGUGGGGGGAGGUGAGGUGUGAUGUUGCGUGGAGAUGGGUUGGAAUGGCGGAGUAUCUUUGGGGUAUCUGAUAUAAGUAAUUCGAUGGUCGUGUUGAUCACGCCCACUGCAAUUCGUUACGAUGAAAACUUCUCUGAACGAAGAAUUCUGGCGU